UUUGGUUAGUUCCGUUUUUAGCCCCGGCCUCUUUCUAGCCAGGCUCUCAACUGUCUCCUGCGUUGCUGGGAAGUUCUGGAAGGAAGCAUGUGCUCCAGAGGUUGGGAUUCGUGUCUGGCUCUGGAAUUGCUACUGCUGCCUGUGUCACUCCUGGCGACCAGCAUUCAAGGUCACUUUGUACAUAUGACCAUGGUCUCCGGCAGCAACGUGACUCUGAACAUCUCUGAGAGCCUGCCUGAGAACUACAAACAACUAACCUGGUUUUAUACUUUCGACCAGAAGAUUGUAGAAUGGGAUUCCAGAAAAUCUAAGUACUUUGAAUCCAGAUUUAAAGGCAGGGUAAGACUUGAUCCUCAAAGUGGUGCACUGUAUAUCUCUAACGUCCAGAAGGAGGACAACAGCAUCUACAUUAUGAGGGUGUUGAAAAAGACUGGGAAUGAGCAAGAAUGGAAGAUCAAGCUGCAAGUGCUUGACCCUGUACCCAAGCCUGUCAUCAACAUUGAGAAGAUAGAAGAUGUGGAUAACAACUGUUAUCUGAAACUGUCAUGUGUGAUACCUGGCGAGUCUGUAAACUACACCUGGUAUGGGGACAAAAGGCCCUUCCCAAAUGAGUUCCAGAACAGUGUGCUUGAAACCACCCUUAAGCCACAUAAUUACUCCAGGUGUUAUACUUGCCAAGUCAGCAAUUCCGUGAGCAGAAAGAAUGGCACGGUCUGCCUCAGUCCACCCUGCACCCUGGGUAAGAAGGACCCCUGGGAGCUGAGGGGGGCACAGGGUAACUGGAGUUCUUUUGAACGAAGAAAGGCUGGGGGUCCUACUCAGCCUCCUUGCACAGUGUGGUGGUGAAUCCCUAAGGUGUCUGGGAGAGCUGGGAGAUGUGGGUUCUGCCACCAGCUCUACCACUACCUCCCAGCCGGCUCACCUCAACUUUGUGGGGCUCAGUGUUCUCACCUGCAAAGGACGUUUGGCAGAGAUCUCUGAUACUCCUCUUCCCUCUCCCGCUCUAACAAAGCAUAGUCCUACCCUCUGAUGCCAGGGUCAUCGUAGAGUAGUCUGAAACAUCAGGGUGAGCAGGGAGAAGGAAGGGCAAGUGGGCGAGCAGCUGUCUAGAGGGGCUUCUUUAGACAGCCGAAGUCAGCCAAGGAAAGAGGGACCGAGGUCAUUAGACAGCCAAAGUCAACCAAGGAAAGAGGGACUGAGGAGACGGGUCUGAGAGAGGCCAUCGAGCAGGCGUGAGAGCCUGAGCCUCAGGUGAAGCUUCUCCUCCCCAGGCUGAUGUUCCUAGAUGAAGUUAGGAAGCCAAAUUCCCCUGUCUCCUGGGAGGAUCCACUCAUUGGAGUGUCACACCUGGCUCUAGAUCACGCCUACACUGGUGCUAGCAUGGGACAGCUAAGGCUGUGGGUUUUACAGUCAGUCAUACCUGGGGUCUAGGACUGUCACUUACUAGCUAAACAAGUUACUUAGCUUCCCCAAGUCAUCCUCUUCCUAAAUAAAGGACAAAAUAACAGUUCUUAU